GCGGAGCACGGGCUGGUGGUGGUUCGCAGAUGGACAGCGGUGGACCAACUGUUGGUGUGCGAAGUGAUAGUGUCGUGGAGGGGGAACGUGGACCCGAGAGCGGUGGUGGCACUGGUGGUGGGCCCCAUGGAGAUGACGGCAAUCACGACGUAGGAGUUCAUAGCUCGGACGACGACGACGGGGGAGAGGCCCGACAUCAGGAUAUCAUCGACAGAGUGAUCGUUGGCCUUUGCGCAGCAGACAUGAAGGGUGGGAUGUCGGGAGCCCGUGGCACUUCGCAGAUGGGGGAUGCUGUUAUGGAGGAGGCAGGGUUGUGCACUGACUGUCAGGGCAGUGACGCCAGUGCAGGACGGAGUCCUGUCAUGGAGGGCGGGCCCCACAUUGACCAGGAGGCACGGUCGUCCCCAUCGGAGGACGCAGCGGGAGACAUGUCCCUCGCGUUGAUUGUGAGGUCCCCGUCAGCUUUUUACGCCGACGAGGGCCGUAUUGGUGGCCGGUUGGACGAGAGGCUGGGGGAGUGCAACCCACCCACUCUUGAUCCAGAGCAGUUGGAGUGCACGGGGAUGGAGGACCCUUAUGCUUACACAAGCCGGAGGAGGAAUCCCCGCCAACCGCUAGAUGGAUUCCGUCGCCUCCUAGGUGGGUUUCUGAGAACCCUCGAUGGUCAGAAUCGUCUCGCAGUGGUGUCAGAGGGCAAGAGGCCUCGGACAGGCAGGCGGCAGCUGGUUUUGGGGGGGGGGUCGGCUGGAGACAUGCACCCACCACGACCACCACCGCUGUUUGCAUCACCACAGUAUGGGCGUACUAACGGCAGAGCAGGUACUGCAGUGGCAUCGAGCAGUCGAGGGGCAUCACGCGGUGGGUGGUCGUCUCGCAGACGAGUCACGUAGCGUUCGGGGAGGGAUUACGAUCGUGGACAAGGGCUUUUUGCACGAGGUUGGUACUUUAGUUUUUAGGGAUUUUUUUUUGUUUUUUUUUAUAUACAUUUGUAGCUGAUAUGCCACGAACCU